AUGUCCGGCGCAUUUCACGUUUGUUGGUGAGCUGUGGAAAAAACGCCAGAAAGUUACUUUUGAUCUCGUCUUCCUUUUGAGCCGCCAGUUCCCGUUGUGAGCUGUUCUAAUCGCAGAUAACUGUCAGUUAUAGAAGCGACCAGAUGGUGACAACAAAGAGCUGCCGUGAUGAUGUCAGCAGAGGUUCGGUUGGAGGGUUUGUCAACACUCUUCAUAGGUGUGAGGAGUGCAGCAAGCAGUUCAGUACACCGAGUAAACUGAAGAUUCACAUGCGGACCCACACAGGGGAGAAACCCUACAGGUGUGAGGAGUGCAGCAGGCAGUUCAGUCAGCUGGGUAAUCUGAAGGCUCAUGUGCGGACUCACACAGGUGAGAAACCCCACAGGUGUGAGGAGUGCAGCAAGCAGUUCAGUACGGCAAGUAAGCUGAAGAGUCACCUGCGGACUCACACAGGGGAGAAACCCUACAAGUGUGAGGAGUGCAGCAAGCAGUUCAGUCACCUGAGUGAUCUGAAGAAACACAUGCGGACUCACACAGGUGAGAAGCCCUACAAGUGUGAGGAGUGCAGCAAGCAGUUCAGGGAGCUGGGUUAUCUGAAGAAACACAUGCGAACUCACACAGGGGAGAAACCCUACAAGUGUGAGGAGUGCAACAGACAGUUUAGUCAACUUAGUGCUCUGAAGACUCACAUGCGCACUCAUACAGGUGAGAAGCCCUACAGUUGUGAGGAGUGCAGCAGGCAGUUCAGCACAACGAGUCGUCUCAAGAUUCACUUGCGGACUCACACAGGUGAGAAGCCCUACAAGUGUGAGGACUGCAGCAGGCAGUUCAGUCAGUUGAGUCAUUUGAAGCGACACAUGCGGACUCACACAGGGGACAAGCCAUACAGUUGUGAGGAGUGCUGCAAGCAGUUCGGCACAACGCGUAAUCUGAAGAUUCACUUCAGAACUCACACAGGCGAGAAACCUUACACGUGUGAGGAGUGCAGCAGGCAGUUCACUACACAGGGCCAUCUAAAAAGUCACAUGCGGACUCACACAGGCGAGAAACCUUACACGUGUGAGGAGUGCAGCAGGCAGUUCAGUCAGCUGGGUCAUCUGAAGGAACAUAUGCGGACUCACACAGGGGAGAAACCCUACAAGUGUGAGGCGUGCAGCAGGCAGUUCACUCAGCUUACUAAUCUAAAAAAACAUAUGCGGACUCACACAGGGGAGAAACGCUACAGGUGUGAGGAGUGCAGCAAGCAGUUCAGUCAGCUGGCUCAUCUGAAGAGCCACAUGCGGACUCACACAGGGGAAAAAACGUACAGUUGUGACAAGUGCAGCAAACAGUUCAGUCUGCUGGGUGGUCUGAAGAGGCACAUGCGGACUCACACAGGGGAGAAACCUUACAGGUGUGAGGAGUGCAGCAGGCAGUUCAGUAGACUGGAUGCUAUGAAGAGUCACAUGAAAAAACACGUGUGACAGAUUCUUGGGAAAGAUUGAGAUACCCCAAAUAUUAUUUUUUUUAGUUCAGUUCAUGCUCCUUGCUUCUAGUACAAUGUCACAUUGUCUCAAUUUCCUGUGGUAAUGGAUAACUAAUAUUGAAAAUACUCCGUUGAGGCUCUGAUUAGUUUGUUUAAUUCAAAACUAAU